GUGGCACUUUGCAGACGCUCCCCGGAGCUGGGCAUGGGCGCCGCCGCUGCUCCCCGGGCUGGAGUCCGCGCCGCGCGGUGCGCCUGAGGCGCCGGGACGCCGGGGUCCGGCCGAGUCUACGUCAUGAACGAGAGAAACAGCCGGAGGCGGACAAUGAAGAAGGAUGAGGAGAGCUUUGAGAUCUCAAUCCCGUUCAACGAGACCCCUCCUCUAGAGUCACCCCAGAUCUUCUACGGCCUGAGUCCUCCCCAGGGCAGCUUUGAGGAGCCCCCGGAGCCCACGUCCCCCACUCUGGCGCUGAUGAACAGUGUGAAAACUCAGCUUCACAUGGCCCUGGAGAGGAACUCUUGGCUUCAGAAGAGGAUCGAGGACCUGGAGGAAGAGCGGGAUUUCCUUCGCUGUCAGCUGGACAAGUUCAUCUCGUCAGCCCGCAUGGAUGCAGAGGACCACUGUCGUGGGAAGCCCGGCCCCCGGCGGGCAGAGGGUGCGGAUGGCCGGGGCGGAGGGGAGGCCUCAGACCCCGAGUCGGCGGCCUCAUCCCUUAGUGGGGGCUCUGACGAGGGGGGUUCUGCUGAGAGGAAGCGCCAGAAACAGAAGGGGGCUGCCAGCCGGAGGAGAUUCGGGAAGCCCAAGGCCCGGGAGAGGCAGAGGGUGAAGGAUGCUGACGGGGUUCUGUGCCGCUACAAGAAGAUCUUAGGCACCUUUCAGAAGCUGAAGAGCAUGUCCAGGGCUUUUGAGCACCACCGAGUGGACCGGAACACAGUGGCCUUGACCACGCCGAUUGCCGAGCUGCUCAUUGUGGCGCCUGAGAAGCUGGCCGAGGUGGGCGAGUUUGACCCAUCCAAGGAGAGGCUGCUGGAAUACUCCCGCCGUUGCUUCCUGGCGCUGGAUGACGAGACACUGAAGAAGGUACAGGCGCUCAAGAAGAGCAAGCUGCUGCUGCCCAUCACGUACCGCUUCAAGCGGUGAUCCUGAUUUCCUGCCCCUCAGAUUCUCCCCAAGCCAGCUGCCACCUGUCACCUGCCUUCUCUCUCUCCCACCCUGCAUCAGCCUUGUGGUCCUUAGGCCUGGAUGCCCGAGCCAGCUGGGGCCAUCACCUGCCCCUUCGUGGAGUCAACCCAGUGGCAUUUCUUCUUCAUGGCCCAUCACACUUCUGCCUAGACCCCCCUCACCCCCCACCAGCUGUCGGCCUUCACGUGGGGAAACCUGCUGGCUGCCUUCUCUUCCCAUGAUGGCUGCUUCAAGCGGCCCCUCAUACAUCCCACUAAGUGACUGCUUCCAGAAGCAGGUUCAAGCGACAAUCCUGUUCCCUGUGCUCUUGAGGUGGCCUCCAGAGGUUGUAGUUGGCUUGUAUCCUGUGCUCUAAUGGGCCUCCUGGCCCAUUUCACACCAGGAAACCGCUUACGUCCCACGGUGGUUCUCCUAUCGAUGUCUGAGCCAACUGAUGUGUUAUUUGCCAUUGCACCUUGCCCAGCCAGUCUCCCUUAAUGGUGGCCCUCCAGGACCCCCACAGGUGCUCAGCUCUUGGGUGGGGUCCUGCCCCUCCCCUUUUCUGUCCCUUCCAGCAGCACCCCUGCAGUGGUUGGGUGCGUGUGCAGGCUCGUGCAUGCACGUGAGUGGUGUGUUUACAUGUGGCUUCAGGUGGAAGUGGGUGGGCUUCCUGUCUCAUCCCUUGCUAUCCUCUGGUGGAGCCUGUGUGGAGGCAGGGCGGCAGUGUAUAUGUGUGUAUAUAUUUACUGAACUACUCCCCCUGUAGCCUUCCAUGAUAUCAGCCUGUUGCCCACCCCAUUGCCCUGGCCUGGCUUACUUUAUUCCAGUUCAGAUCUCCUCCUCCAAACCUAGAGCCUAGGGAGUUUCCGCAGGGAUUCUCCGAGGGGCCAGGCACCCGUUGCAUUUGGAGACGGGUCAAGGGAGCAGUUGAAAGAACCAUUGAUGGGGAGUGUGGAGGCCCGGCUUCUCACCCCACUCUGGGCAUGACUCACUUCCCUUCCCUUCUCUAGGUCUGUUUCCUUCUCUGUAAAAUAAGGGAGUUAAAUGCGAUACUGUCUAAGGUGGUGGGGAGACCUUGGAUGGGUCCUUUCCAGUCUGGGUCUCUCUUUCUUUCCUUCCUUGUAAACGUGGAGCAGACGGACUAGGUGCUCUCAUUAGGUCACCGUGUGACUUCGAGCAGGUCUGUCCCGAUGGGGCUCGGACUCUGCGGCUGAUGACCGGUCCUCCCCUCCCUGCCUUCCUAGGAGAGGGAGGGUGGGCGACGGGGCCAGGGAGUGCCCCCUCCUUUGGGCACCAGCCCCCGGGCCGGGACCAACAAAAAUGAAGUAUUCAGAGUUUAAAUUAAAAGUUAACCAGCAGAUUUGGAAUAA